UGCAGUUGCCAUCAUAACAAGCAGUUGCUUAGAGGGAAAUUCAUACUGACAAAGGUAGCUGUGUGAGCACAGGCUGCGGACACGAAAAUGCCAAAAGGAGAGGAUUCGCCACAAUAAGAUAGUCUUAGCUGGGGUAUAAUGAGCGAUAUUUGGAAUAAGAUGUCAGUUGGAACUGUCUGCGUCACCGCUGGUUUAACGGGUCUUUUAAGUUUUGUGUUUCUGGCGGUAGCGAUAGGUACGGAUUAUUGGUACAUCAUCGACGUCUCAAACUCCAGAUAUAACUAUGGGGAACAUUGGGAGGAUUUAAACUCUCAUUCUGGACUCUGGAGAAUUUGCGAAGGUAAAAAUGCUUGCAUUGCUUUAAUAGACCCUUUUGGGGAAGAGAAUGAGAGUGUACCUGAAUCACAACGUCACUUACUGUUUAUGCAGAAAGUGUUUGUCAUUUUGCUCCCUCUAAGUCUGGUUCUCCUGGUGCUUGGAGGUAUCUGUGGGCUGGUCAGCUCUUUGGCACAUGGUCUGUACAUGCUGCUGUUCACUGGUUCAUACUUUCUACUUGGAGGUGCAUUGACCCUGGCUGGGAUCUCUGUAUACAUCGCUUAUUCAAAAGCAGCCUUCGCCAUUGCCAUGAGUUUGUACGGACACAAGUUGUUUGAUAAUGUUUACAUUGGUUUUAGUUGGUCCAUGGGUCUGGCCUGCCUUUCUUGUGUCUUAGAGGUCAUUGCUGGGGCUUUGUUUCUUCUGGCUGCCAAGCUCACUGCUGUACAGCAACGCGAGCAGUCAGCAACCAUAUGA